UAGAGUUGCGUAUCUUUCUUUGUCAGCUGUGCGCUUGCUUUUUUGUGGAGUAUCUUCAGAUGCACGUUGCGUUGUUGUGGAAGGUGGAAGCGAGCGGAGUGGUAUAUGCCGGUUAAUUUGUAUAUUCCUGGUGCCAAAACUAUGCGGGAGCAUUAUAAUUAUAUUAUAUGAAAUCGGACACUGAGCUGAUCUAGUGGAGUGGACUAUUCCUGAAUUCGAGGCUGAGCAAAGAUUUUUUUUUCUUUCAUAAAAAGUAUUGAACGAUGGCGAACGACAUCGUACUCCGAGCUCGACCUCGUCGAAGCGAGAGCUACAACAAUGCUGGCGCCUGCUCGCUCGGGAUGCUGCAGCUCCUCGGCGCCACGGUCACCAUCGCACUGGGCGUGGUCGCUUACGUCAUCGAGGGGUCCCUGAUUUACUACGGUGUACCCAUCUGGUCCGGAAGUCUGUUCUUCUUGACAGCCGUCACAGCAUUUGUAUCCGUCCGGAAAACAAUUUGUGGGAUCACUACGUACCUCGUGACCUGCAUGCUUUCCACUGCUGCUUCCGCCGCCCUGCUCAUCUUAUACGCUCGUCUUAUCUCUCUGAAGGGAAGAUACUCAUACUGCGACACAAGAGACUCCAAGACACUCCUCUGUACUCACUAUACGACACGGCCGACCCUGAUGAUAGUGGAAGCUUGCACCUUGGGCAUUUUUGCGCUCCAGUUCACCACAGGGGCCAUUGGGUUAGGACUGUGCCUCUGUGGACUGUGUAGGAGAACCCUGGGGCGUACAUCCUCCAUCCCACCCCCUCAACCCCGGGCAGCUGUUAACACCCAUGUGCCCGCCAACGCGGGCACAAGCGCUGCAGCUAUGCACAUACCUAUGUUCACCCAUGAUAUUGCCAUCCCCACUGCACCACCAGAAUAUGAAGUGGCAGAGGAACAACUCAGGGGUACCGCACCACCGGAAUACCUGGUAGCAGAGGAACAAAUGGGAGUUUGACAAGGCUGCAUGGUCACCUAACUCAACAAGCUUCAGACUCAAGACAACGUCAAUGGAGACUGCUGAACGCAUCGCAGCUCUUACCUUCUACCAACUCGUCUUGAGCAAGAAGAACAAAAACGAACAACAUUUAUCUUGCCCAAAGUAUGCAUAUGCAGCAUCGAAAGACCUCAGUACUAACUUUUACUAAUAACUUUUGCUUUUUAUUAUCAUUUUGUUUUAUUUGUUGCCUUAGUAAUAAUCAUGUUAAGCAAUGAUUUGUAAGGUUGCAAGGCAAACAGUUUGUACAUAUUUUGUUACACAUGAAUAUUGCAACUUUUAUAAAGUGUUUUUAAAAAGAAAAAGGAGAAUGAGGAACUUCUUUGUGUUAACAUGAGGGACAGAAGUCAACCAUAUAGUUUCAAUUUACAUUAUCUUAUGUUUUUAGUUUCUAAACGAAGACUAAAGAAAAGGCCAUUGGUAGAAAAUAAUGGGUUGGCCUUUCCUCCUCAAGUAUAUAUGAAAUAGAUAUAUGAAAAGUGAAAUUGAUAUCGUAAAGCAGGGUGAAUAGGAACAUUGCUGCAAUAAAGAACAGAUAAUGGAAAAGUGUUUUAGAUAUGUCUUUUGUUCCUUUAAAAGUUCCUGACCCCAUUAUGUCCAAAACACACAACAUUAUUUGUCAUUAAACGUAACCAAAAACCCAUUCAAGAUUUGAAUAAACCAGUAAUGAAUGUACGAAAUAUGAAGUUAGCAUUAUUAAGUUAUCUCUAUCAUUUCAGAUUUAUAUCGUGCCAUACUUCAUUUACAAAUUAGUUUCGUUUCUGUUCUGUAUUCUAACGUGCAAAGAUUUUUUAACUAACUAUAGGGAUUGGAAAAUACAGGUGCUACAUAAUAAAACGGGUGUGACAAAUACUUAUAUCUUGAAUGAUACCUCUCUCCAGUCAGUCAAACAUGUUUCUCUACAUGUGUGCGACCAAAACUAAGGGUGGAAACUUAUUACUUAUGGAGUAGUACUUUGCUACUGAAUUUUUGUUCUCUCUUUUCAUAAAAUAUAUUUACUUGAAGCUCACAGUGGGACAGUAAUCAGUACUUGAGAAGAAGUUUAAACGAUAUCCUCAAACUAAUCAAAUAUGAAAAAUAAUUCAAUGUUACUCUUAAUUUUUUUGAUAUCAACACUUUUACAUUGUAUUUAGAGACAUAGCAUUUUCAUUUGACAAGUUUGACCAAAAUAUGUAUAAAAUCACCCCAUAUAAAUGUUGAUGUAUGACUUUGUACUAUCACAGUAUUUAUCCGGUCUUUUUGUCUGACUGGAAUCUGCUUCCUUCCAAGUCUGCUUCCAAUACAUACAUGGGACUCAUUCACACAUCACAUUUUAAACUUCCUCCAAAACAAAAAGAACUUUCAUGUGUAAAGAUAAAGAAGUGAAACGUAGCUACACACAACAAAAGCCAGAGGGCAUCCUCACUUGUCAGUUGUAAAACAUGUGCUCUAGCUGAAAUUUCUAUGAGGUCAAUGCUAGCUGCAUUCUUAUAACUUCAGCCCUAGACCAAACGCUAUGCCUGACUUAAAACCCAAGAAUUUGACAGAAUAACUUUCAGAGUAAAUGUUGCUGGGGCAAAUGUCAGAACACCCACUUGAUCUGUGUGUUUAAAUGUACAGUGCACUAUUUUUGUGCCAUUUUAGUUUGCCACAGCAUUUUUUAUUUUGUAUUUCUUAAAAAUCAAAAGGUUGGUGUAACAGUUAUGUGUGAACAUGGUCUUAGGGAUAUCCUCAAGACAAUUUCCUGCGUCAUGACGACAGGAGCCAAGCUUCCAGGCUGAAAUAAUUUUGUUUUUUAAUGAUAUAGCUUGUUUUGUACCUGUAUGUUGAAUGUGCUACAUGUGAUGAUAUAUAACCAUUUGUGUGCUAUUUAUUAACUAUCUAUAUAAUACAUGUGUAUUUACCAUGCC